AGUCCGCCAUUUGUGAUGAAGACCCGGAACAAUCAGUUCGAGGGCUACGCUAUAGAUCUGAUCAACGAAUUGUCACGAGUCGCCAGAUUUAACUACACUCUGUAUCCGACGCCCGAUGAGGCCUAUGGACAGUCCGACAAAAGUGGCAAACCCUCCGGAAUGGUACAGGAAUUGUUUAUGCGGAGAGCGGACUUUGCGAUCGGAGAUCUGAUUAAAAGCCAAACCCGGGAGCGAUAUAUCGAUUUCAGCGACUCGUUUAUGGACAUAGACUUGACUGCACUCAUCAAUAAGAAGAAUAUCGCAAAUAUGACUUCAUUUGCACAUCUGGUCAACAACACCAACAUUACGUACGGUGUGCUCCGGGAGGGGGACACCUUUCGGUUCAUGAGCAUGUCUCUCAACCCCACCAUCGCUAAUAUGCACCGUUACAUAUACAUGAAUGGCUUCAACCUGGUCAACUCCAGACAGGAGGGCGUGGAAAGGGCUCUCAAUACUAACUAUGCCUUCAUUCAGGAAUCGGUGGCCAAUGAGUAUGCAAUGGACCAGAACUGUGAACUGACUGCCAUUGAGGACAAACAGGAGAUCAACCGUCGGGAGUAUGCUAUCGGACUGCAAAAGGGGUCGCCGUAUAAGUCGGACAUCGAUAGAGCGAUACAACAACUGAGAAACGACGGGACACUGAACCGUCUGAAGAGGAAAUACUGGCGAACAAAGUGUUUGACGAACUCUGAUAUGAUGUCAGUUAACGCUAAAUUAGAUGCCAUCACUUCACUCAGUCUUAUAGCCUCGGCCCUCAUCUCCUAUAUACUGUUCAAUUGAAAUAUAAUUAUCUUUAUAUUUAAUUUUCGUUUGUUUAGUUUACUGCUAGACUUUCUUUUCAGGAAUUGGUUUUCAUGAUUUAUUCAAAACAGUUUACAUUUUCAAUGCUUUCAAACACGAGUCGACUACAUCAUUACACAAAAAUCAUU